GAAACCCUAACAUAUCUAAACCCCGAAAAAUCUCCGCGUCUCUUUUUCUCAACGACAAUGGUCUACACUCUGAAUGGCUACUCUUCCGUCAUCUUCGUUUCUCAGCCUCCAAUUUGGUAACGAUAAGCUAUUCUUCGCUCAUCUUCUUCCUAAAAGGUGUUGUCAUCGCAAUGACAGUUAUGAUGGCUUAACGCCCUACACGGUUAAGUGCAGAGUUACUAGGUCCAAAGAGGCUACUCCGGUGAAUUCUUCUUCAUUCAUAAGAGAACCUCACAAGUAUUUCGAUCAGGUGAUAAUCACGGUUCGUUCUGGAGAUGGAGGCCACGGCGCAAUUCUUAGCUUACCUAACCAGAGAUCUGAUAAGUCAAAGGGGAAAGAUAAAGACAAAACAAGGAAGAAGAGCUCGUAUAAAAGAGAUUUUGAUGGGUCACUUGUUCUUCCCUCGGGUGGGCAUGGAGGGGAUGUAGUGAUUUAUGCGGACGAGGGAAAACAUUCCUUAUUGGAGUUUCACUCCAAAGGCCGCUUUAAUGCAAAACGCGGUGGAAAUGUUGAUGCUAUGGGUGUUUUGACAUCACAGUUGCAUGAUGGAUUCGCUGCCCCAACUUUGCGUAUCCCUGUGCCUGUAGGCACUGUCGUCAAGCAUAAAAGAGGGAAGCUACUGGCUGAUUUAGCACAACCAGGCGAUGAAGUACUUAUUGCAAGGGGUGGCCUAGGAGGGAUUAGUUUGCUAGAAGCACCAGAUCAUAGGAGGAAAAGAUUAAUGGCUUUAACCACAAAUGUGUUAAGAGAUGACAAUGAUAAGGUUCUAGUUUUUGGUCAGCCUGGGGAAGAGGUUAGUUUGGACUUGAUUCUACGAAUUGUUGCUGAUGUUGGUCUAGUUGGUCUUCCAAAUGCUGGAAAAUCUACACUCUUGGCAGCUAUAACAAAUGCUAAACCUGAAAUUGCUGAUUAUCCUUUUACAACGUUGAUGCCAAAUCUUGGGCGCCUAGAUGGUGAUCCGACUUUAGGGGCAGCAAUGUAUUCAUCUGAAGCAACAAUGGCAGAUUUGCCUGGUCUUAUAGAAGGUGCUCAUUUGGGGAAGGGUCUUGGUCGUAACUUUUUGAGGCACCUUAGAAGAACUCGGCUAUUGGUCCAUGUUGUUGAUGCAGCCACUGAGGACCCUGUGAAUGAUUAUAGAACCAUCAAAGAUGAAUUGAGGAUGUACAAUCCUGAGUACCUUGAAAGACCAUAUAUUGUGGUCCUAAAUAAGAUUGACCUUCCUGAGGCAAGGGAUAGGCUUUCAUCUUUAACUGAAGAAAUAUCAAGAAUUGGUAAUGACAAGGUCAAUAAUGGAGAUAAAUCUGGUAAGGAGAGAGAGGACCAUCCAGCCCCUAAAACUGAUAAAGAAAUAGAGGACUAUCCAGCCCCUCUUGCUGUUGUGGGUGUUAGUGUUCUGAAAGGCAUCAGGUUGAAUGAGAUGUUGAAGGAAAUAAGGGCUGCCUUAAAAAAGUGCGGAGAUUCUAACGAGGCAUUGGAACCAAGUGAGAGACGGUGAGAGCAUACAAGUUGUAAAAGUCUUCAUAACACCUUAGGGCCACCAAUUCUUCAACACGAAGCUCACCAUAAAUUUGGAUCAGCGGAUGAAAGCUCAAUUGUUGGUCUACAGCUACCAAAAACCUAACCCUGCUGGAGACUUGUUUGUACAGUGAGGCGCGUAGUGUAAUCCUUUUUUCAAUCUUUGUAAUUGUCAUAUAGAUUGGAUCCAUAGGAUUUGGCUUGAUUGUCACUAGCUUCUGUACAAUGUUACGGUUGAUAAUUUUUGGCAAAUUUUGUAUUUGUUUUUGUAUUUGUACAUGCUGACGUGCAAGACAAGGUCUCCAUUGUGCCUGUCUGCUUUCAGAGGCUUUUAAUGCAAUGUGGAUUAUAAAUGCAAUGGGAAUGGAUAAGUUUGGUUA